AUGGCUAGUCCACGUACUCGGUCUCUUUUGAAAGAUCUUAAAUUAAAAGAUGAUAAUAAUGUGUGUUUCGAAUGUGGAGCAUUAAAUCCUCAAUGGGUAUCGGUUUCUUAUGGUAUUUUUAUAUGUCUUGAAUGUUCGGGGAAACAUCGUGGAUUAGGUGUUCAUUUAUCAUUUGUACGCUCAAUAACCAUGGAUAAAUGGAAAGAAAUGGAAUUAGAAAAAAUGAAAGUAGGUGGUAAUCGUCGAGCAAAAGAGUUUUUAUCUGCACAACCCGAUUAUAAUGCCAAUUCGAUGAGUUUACAACAGCGAUAUAAUUCUCGUGCUGCUGCUUUUUAUAGAGAUAAAAUAAUUACAGAAGCACAAGGUAAAACAUGGUCAAUUAGUACAUCAUCAGCUCAAAAUCAUAGUUCGCCUUAUACGUCAUCAUCAUCAAUAAAUUAUACUGAAAAACCGUCGAGACAAACAUCAUCCGAGUGGACACAAAAUAGUAAUAAAUCAUCAGAACAACGAACUCAAGAUUAUGGUGGGGGUGGUGGUAGUGGUGGUUAUCAAAACAGUGGUUCAAAUGAUCAACAAUAUUCAUCUGGUCUUGGUAGCGGUAAUCCAAAAUAUUGGGGUUUUGGAAAUACAAAUUAUGAUACAUCAUCGCAACAACAAUCAUCAAAUCCUGAUUUGCUUGCAUCGUCAAUUUCAAACAUGAGUGUUAAUGCCGCUAAAUGGGCUGGUGUUGCUAAAGAGUCCAUGUUUAAAAUUUCGAAAACAGCAGCUGACAAAGCAACUGAGCUGACAUCAAAAGUAACGGAACAAGCUAAAGAUGGUUCCCUAUUGACUAAUGUUCAAACGGGAGUAACAAGUAUUGCAUCGUCCAUGGGUAAAAUAGGAACGAAAACAUGGUCGGAUAUGCAAUCAUUAUGGGCAGGAAAAGAUUAUCAUUCGUAUAAUAGCGAAGAUCAACGAUUAAAUAAUAGUCAGCAUUAUUCGGACCCUAACGAAGGAUUCUCUUCGUAUCAAAGCCACUCAUCGUCGUCGUCAACAUAUCAUAAUGAUUCUGGCUAUCAGAAUACCUUUAGUAAUUCACCAACUCCUCAACAAGCACAACUCACCCUGUCUCAAUCAAACACUGAAAUUUCGAAACCACAACGUGAUGUUAGUUUUGAAUCUUGGUUAAAUGAUGAACCCAUUUCGAAACCAUCAAGUGCCUCAUCUCGAGCGACAUCUUCCAAAAAGACAGGAAAUACAAAUUCAUCUGCUGGAUCCAAAACUAAACAAGUAUCGGCACCAGCACCUGUGUCGGUGCCGGCACCUAAUUUAAUUUCGUUUGAUGAUGAAAAAUGGGCGGAUGAUGAUGAUGCUGGGUGGGAAUCGAUUGAUACUAGAAAAUAG